AACAUAGGGCCUCGCGCUGCCAUCUGCCUUCCAGACCCGAGUCCCCCACUCGCUCGUCCGGGGCACGGGCACCACCGCUUUUACCAGCUCCUGACGCGUCGCCGCCGACCGCAACACCGCCGGCGAGGCGGCCCCCUCUCCCUCUCCGUCCCGGCCGGAUCCUCCACCCGGGCCGCGCCCUCUCUGGGUCCAGCGGGGGGGCAGAGAUCCGCUCGCGCGAGGACUGGUCCCUUCUUGGGUUGGGGGUCUUCUUCUCCAGCGGGCGAGAUCGACACUGGUUGGCAUUGACUGGAGCACUUCGUGGCUGGUUUGGGUGUGCGGUUUACACUCCAGGAAAUUUGGGGGGGUUUGGUUCGGCUGAACCCCCAUGGCCCAGGCGAGGUCUGCUUCUGGGAAGAAGGAGGUGGGCCGGGGACGGUCGCCGGAGCCGCUCGAUUUCUUCAUCUGGACUGUCGAGGCUGUAGUUUGGGAGAAUUGGCUAGGAGAUUUGGGAAAGUGGAAUCUGUCAUGUUGCGUUCUCCCUUUGAUGAUCCUUGUCUUCAGAUUUUGCUUCUGCUCUGGAGUAGAGAGUUAUGCACUCCUACGUUUUUACCAGGAUGUUGGAUUAUGGCUGGAAGAAAUAAACCUUGGUGGCUACAGACAAGUAUUUGAAGAAAAUGGUGUGAAUGGGGAAUAUCUGGAAAGCUUGUCCAUGUUUACUACUGAGCAGAUUCUGCGGUUUAUCAGGCGGUGCCAUAUGAAAUGGGGAGACUUUAUCACACUGUGCAAAGAGUUGAGGCGCAUUAAAGUCGCCUGCCUGAAGGGUGAGCAAGAAGUCCGGCGGCCAUGGUGGGCACCGUCAUGCCUCUCCGUGGUGUUUGUGAGGGCGGCCAAGCAGAACAGGAAGUCUCGGGUUGUCUCCUUGAAGCUGGAACCCUGAUGCUCGUAAAGCACCUUGAAUCAUUGCCUGCACUCUUCUCCUCCAGCUCCAUUGGGGGAAAGCCUGCCCGCACACCAUCGUGCGCUAGUUCUAAGUGGUCUGAGAGCUGUUUUGGUGUGAGAGCAUCAUGCUUUACUAUGUACAACUAGUCUCUUAUCCUUCACUUGAUCUGCUGUUCUUCAUAUAUAGGUUUGGAAUAGUAACCUGAUGUAGACAAAGAAAGAAACAUAUGUUGUGCAGAUGGUCCCGGUAAGAUCUGCUGCUUAAAUUUUUCCUGAGUUGUUAUGCAUUUGCAGUGCUAAGAAUUGGCC